AUGGCUCCUCCUCACCAUGAGGACAACCGCAAUCACCGCGCUGACCGAGAUCGAAGUCGCAGCCGCAGCCGCACCUCUCGGGCUCAAGCGGGUGUUUCACAGAAUGAGGAUGUGGCAGCCGCCCAGCGGGCAGUUGACCAAGCCAUGGAACGGCAGCGUCAAGCUCAGCGUGGAGUUGACGAAGCCAUGAAAUGGCAGCGAGAGGUUCAGCAUGAAGUUGAUGAAGCCUUGGAACGGCAACGACAAGUUCAACGUGAAGCUGUGGAGGCCUUGGAACGUCGUGCAAAUAGCCAACGUCGCAGCCACCGAAUACCCUCUGUUGCAAGCAACCGCAACACCUCUUUUCGCCAAGCCAGCAGACCGGCCGGAAUCACCAAGCCCCAACAGUCGUCUAGCGCGGGGCGAGACUUCACCAUGAAUCUUGGUUCUGAGGCAGAGAGGCGCGACUUCGUGAAUACUCACCACGGGCCUGGCGGUAUGGGUGGUGCCAACAAGCCUCUCGGUGGCGAGCAGAGGCCCUCUUACCGCUUUCCUCUAAAUCGCACUGGUACCAUGGAGGGAGUGGCCUAUGAUACGGGUGAGUUGAAAGCAGUUGGCGACCAUGUUCUGAAGGUCAACAAAGGCGCACAUCUGUCCUACCUCGUGGAGCCCAGAUGGAACGACGCCAAGAGGUUCAUGGAAAAUGAGGAGGUGCUCGUGAGGGCCACCUCUUCCAAUGGCCGAACCAAACUGUGCAAGGGUGCUACUCCUGGAGAGCCCAGCCGGUUCACUGAGACCUCUCGGCAACCAGACGUCAAGUGUGUCAACUGCAGGCUCAAGACACACACCCUGCGCCACUGUCUGGACGCAGAAAACGAGCCCAAUAUCUAUGGUUGCAUUUUGUGCAACAAGGAGAAACACAUGGUGGACGAAUGCCACCAGUUCCAGAGCAUGUCUCUGAGAGAACAGGUGGAGCUCCUGGUCUUUGAACGGGCCAAUAUGCCCUGCCUUGCGGUCAGCAAGCAGUUCCCCAAGUGGUAUGAUCUGCUUGAGCAGGCCAUCUCCUCCGGGGAUAUUGACGCCAACGGGCCAAUGAAGGGGUUCCCUUGGACUGGUCAAUUCUGCUUGGACCUGUGCCACGAGGAGGGUGGAGAAACGAUCAGGGCACUCCAGAAGAAGUUUGAUGAGUCCGGCUUCGACAUGUCCAUCCUGCCCGUGGAUCCCAACACGGAUUCGCUGCAACAGGUCAGGUUGUAUUACGCGGACCAGCGUGCGCCGGGCCCCUCGUCAUCCGGUGGCCAUUGA